GCCCAAGGCGCGGGUCCGGGAGCAGGAGAAAGGCCGUGGAGCAGCGUCCGAGACUAGGAAGCGCGGCGCUCGGCGGGAUCCUUUCCGGAAGCGGAAGCUCGGGGGGCGGGCCAAGAAGGUUCGGGAGCCCAAGGCGGUUAAUUCUUUCUACCGUGAGGCUUCGCUUCCCUCGAUCUGGGCUUCUCUGAGGCUGCGAGAGAUGGUCAGGUCUGGGUCUCGACCCGGCCAGGUGUUAUCUUCAGGAAGGCACACUGGACCUGCUAAAUUAACAAAUGGAAAGAAAAGGACCCAUUUAAGAAAAAUAUCGCAUUUUAAGGCAGAUUCUGGCUAUUCCAUCCAUUCUGAUUCAGAAAGUCAGGCUGAAACUGCUCAUGGGCUUGAUGGUUGCGCUUCUUUGCUGAGGAGCAUUUUGAGAAAUGAAGAUUCAGGUUUAGAAUCAGCAUAUUUAGAAAACAGAUCUAAUUCUAGACCUUUAGAAAGCAGAAAAUAUGGAUCUAAAAAGAAAAGACAUGAAAAACAUACUGUUCCUUUCGUAGUCCGGAAAGAAACAUCAUCUUCAGAUAAUAAGAAACAGAUACAUAAUGAAGCUCCUGCUAGAAGUGAAAGAGACACAUCAGACCUAGAACAAAAUUGGUCAUUGCAAGAUCAUUAUAGAAUGUAUUCACCCAUAAUAUACCAAGCCCUCUGUGAGCAUGUGCAGACUCAGAUGUCACUGAUGAAUGACUUGACUUCAAAGAACAUCCCUACUGGAAUACCUGCUGUACCAUGCCAUGCUGUGUCUCAUUCUGAAUCUCAGGCAACUCGGCGGCCACCCUGCCCUCCAAAGGUUCAUUCUGAAGUUGAAACUGUUGGUGACAGUCAGUUUGCAUCACAAGGUAAAACAGUUUCUGCGACUUGCACUGAUGUUCUACGGAAUUCAUUUAAUACCAGCCCUGAAGUUCCAUGUAGCCUGCCCAAAACUGACGUAUCAGCUAUUCCAACAUUGCAGCAACUGCGCCUUGUUAAUGGGAUUCCGCCACAACAAGGAGUUCAUAAGGAAACAGACCUACUCAAAUGUUUUCAAACAUGUAUGUCUCCUUUUCGAUCUCAUGGAAAGGAAACACAUCUGGAUGGUCAGACACACCGAAGCCCUACUCAAUCACAACCAGCUUUCCUGGCCACUAAUGAAGAAAACUGUGCCAGAGAGCAAAUUAGAGAGGCCAGAAGUGAAAGAAAGGAUUUAAACCUAUGUAUGCAAGAUACAAAAACAGUCAAGGAUGUACAGAAGGCAAAAAAUGUGAACGAGUUAGCUGAAAGAGUUAGAAUUAUAAAAUAUUUGCUGGGAGAGCUCAAGGCCCUUGUAGCAGAAAAAGAGGAUUCAGAAAUUCAGAGGUUGGUUACAGAAAUGGAGGCAUGUAUAUCUGUACUUCCAGCAGUAAGUGGAAACACAGAUAUUCAAGUUGAGAUAGCACUGGCCGUGCAACCAUUAAGAAGUGAGAAUGCUCAGUUACGAAGGCAGUUGAGAAUUUUGAACCAGCAACUCAGUGAACAAGAGAAAACUCAUAAGCCAUCUGGUGCUGCGGAUUGCAACCUUGAAUUGUUUUCUCUUCAGUCAUUGAAUAUGUCACUGCAAAAUCAAUUGGAGGAGUCACUAAAGAGCCAGGAAUUACUGCAGAGUAAAAAUGAAGAGCUCUUAAAAGUGAUUGAAAAUCAGAGAGAUGAAAACAAAAAAUUUACUAGCAUAUUUAAAGACAAAGAUCAAACUAUACUUGAAAAUAAACAGCAAUAUGACAUUGAGAUAACAAGAAUGAAAAUUGAAUUGGAGGAAGCCCUAGUCAAUGUGAAAAACUCCCAGUUUAAGUUAGAAACUGCUGAAAAGGAAAACCGGAUAUUGGGGAUAACAUUACGUCAGCGUGAUGCUGAGGUGACUCGACUAAGAGAAUUAACCAGAACUUUACAGACUAGCAUGGCAAAGCUUCUCUCUGAUCUUAGUGCGGACAGUGCUCGCUGCAAGCCUGGGAAUAACCUUACCAAAUCACUCUUGAACAUUCAUGAUAAACAACUUCAACAUGACCCAGCUCCUGCUCACACCUCCAUAAUGAGCUAUCUAAAUAAGUUAGAAACAAAUCACAGUUUUAUAUAUUCAGAGUCACUUUCUACAAUUAAAAAUGAGGCAACCAUAGAGUCAGACAAACCAUAUGAAAAUAUUCUGCCCUCCAGAGGCCCUCAACAUAGUAACACUAGGGACAUGGAGGAAGUAUCUGCACCCGGAAUUAUUUCUGCUCUUUCAAAACAGGAUUCUGAUGAAGGGAGCGAAACUAUGGCUUUAUUAGAAAAUGAGCAUAAUUUGGAUAGUACAAUAUACAUUCCUUUUGCUAGAAGCACUUCUGAAAAUAAAUCAUCACUAUGUAAGAGGCUGUCCCCUCAGCCACAAAUAAGAGCCGCUAUAACACAGCUAGUCAGCAACAGUGGACUUGCUGUCUCUGGAAAAGAAGAUAAACUGUGUACAUCUGUAGCCUGUUCCUCUUCCACAAAGGAAGCAGAAGAUGUGCCUGAAAAGCUUUCCAGAACAUCUGAUAUGAAGGACAUACAGCUCCUCAAGAAAAUAAAGGAAGCAAUUCGUAAGAUCCCUGCUGCCACUGAGGAUACAGAGGAACAAACUGCAUGUCCUGGCCCAUCAGGUUGUCUUAGCAACAGCAUUCAAGUGCAGGACAGUACUGUCUGUGAUGGUAGUGUUUUCACUUCUGACUUGAUGUCUGACUGGAGCAUCUCUUCAUUUUCAACAUUCACUUCUCGUGAUGAACAAGACUUCAGGAAUGGCCUUGCGGCAUUAGAUGCCAACAUAGCUAGACUCCAGAAGUCCUUAAGGACUGGUCUUCUGGAGAAAUGAAAUCAGAAGAAAAUUCAUCAAGUGCUUUUUUUAAAACUAGAAGUUGGCCUUAUUGAAUGUGUAUCUUUCUUUAGUGAAAUGAUGUUUUUAUAUUAUUAAUUAUAUGUGAAGUAAUUGUACAAGUAAUAAAUGUAUUAUUGAGAUAUAUUGACACUGAGGAGCUUAUAAAAACAAGUCAUCUUAAGAAGUUGACAAUUGCUACAAGAAGCAAGUUUUAGAUAACUAGGAAAUUAUUGUAAGUAAUGUUUUAUUUCAGUACUCGGCAUUUAGAGUUCUUUUAUUAAGAUGUACCUUCUGGAUUAAGGGUACGGGUUCAAAGAGUUCUGUGGUUGUCCUAAAAGAUAAUGGGAAAAGAAUCUCUGGAUGUAAUUUUUCUAUUCAAACUAGAAUUUUUUGGUUUGUUUGUUUCAGUGUACUUUUUUUUUUUUUAAUAGCAAUGUGUUUUUAUAUGGAAUGCUGUGUGCUACAGGCUAGUGUUGUUGGUGACAUAUAUAAUAAACAUUUAUUUAA